GCGCGUUUGUCUGGCAGGUCGUUCGCCUCUUGAUGAGACCUUAGUUGCGAGGGGGUGUAGGCCAUUCGCUGGCGUCAGUGCUCCUCCCCUGGACCCACGCACGGAAACGCGCACCCAUUUGGGGAUCCAUACGCCUGUAUACACGCACCAGCCCUCCGCGGGCGGUGCUGCUCAGGCUCAUCCUUUUUCAACCCCGGGAUCUGGCCGCUACCUUGCCUCGUUUUUGUGCGGCGCCUGCUGGCCCGGCUCACUCCAGCGCAGAGAGGCUGGGUUUAUAGGCGCAGCAGCUCCGGAGGUCGAGUUGGGCUUAGAGUACAGGCCGGCGGAGGCCGGCUGGGACACGGCCGGGGCUAUGCUGGGCAAGGAUUACAUGCUGGCCAUCAUUCUGGUCAACUGCGAUGAUGACUUGUGGGGGGACCAGAGUCUGGAGGGGGAGCCAGGCCUGCCCCCUGGCUGGAGGAAGAUCCAUGAUGCUGCAGGUACUUACUAUUGGCAUGUACCCAGCGGUAGCACCCAGUGGCAACGCCCAACCUGGGAGCCAGGAGAUGCCGAGGACUCAGGCACGAGGACGGAAGGGAUUUGGGGACUUCGUCCCCCCAAGGGGAGAUCCUUCUCCAGCCUGGAGAGCUCACUGGACCGGAGUAACGCUCUGUCCUGGUAUGGUGAGGAAUCCUACAUCCAGAGCAUGGAGCCAGGGACUAAGUGCUUUGCAGUCCGCUCUCUGGGCUGGGUAGAGAUACCCGAAGAGGACCUGGUACCAGGGAAGAGCAGUAUUGCAGUCAAUAACUGUAUCCAGCAGCUGGCCCAGACCCGCAGCCGGGGCCAGCCUCCAGAUGGUGCCUGGGGUGAGGGCCAGAACAUGCUGAUGAUCCUGAAGAAGGAUGCCAUGAGCCUGGUGAAUCCCCUGGACCACAGUCUGAUCCAUCGCCAGCCUCUGGUGCACAUCCGUGUAUGGGGUGUAGGCAGCUCCAAGGGCCGUGACAGGGACUUUGCAUUUGUGGCGGGUGACAAAGACAGCUGUAUGCUCAAGUGCCAUGUGUUUCGCUGUGACGUCCCUGCCAAGGCCAUUGCCAGUGCCCUACAUGGGCUCUGUGCCCAGAUCUUGUCAGAGCGAGUAGGAGUCACUGGUGAUUCCCCUUGCUGUUCUCUAGACCCCAUCUCCCCUGAAGACCUGCCACGGCAAGUGGAGCUGCUGGAUGCAGUGAGCCAGGCUGCUCAGAAGUAUGAGGCACUAUACAUUGGGACCCUGCCAGUUACCAAGGCCAUGGGCAUGGAUGUACUGAACGAGGCCAUUGGUAUCCUCACCAGCCGGGGGGACCAGGAUGCCUGGAUCCCUGCCAUGCUCAGUGUGUCUGACUCUUUCAUGACUGCACAUCCCAUUCAGGCAGAGGCUGGUGCAGAGGAGGAGCCACUGUGGCAGUGCCCUGUGCGCCUUGUGACCUUUAUUGGUGUUGGCCGUGACCCACACACCUUUGGCCUCAUUGCUGACCUGGGCCGUCAGAGCUUCCAGUGCGCAGCCUUCUGGUGCCAGCCCCACGCAGGGGGACUCUCUGAAGCUGUGCAGGCUGCUUGCAUGGUUCAGUACCAGAAGUGUCUUGUGGCCUCUGCAGCUCGAGGCAAGGCCUGGGGUGCCCAGGCCCGAGCCCGCCUGCGGCUCAAGCGGACCAGCUCUGUGGACUCCCCAGGAGGUCCCCUGCCUCUCCCCCUGCUGAAAGGAGGGGUCGGGGGUACAGGAACAGCCCCUCGAAAGCGGGGUGUCUUCUCUUUUCUUGAUGCCUUCCGGAUGAAACCCUCUCUGCUCCAUAUGUCCUAAAUUGAUCUGGGAGGACUGGAAAAGGAUGCUCUGGGUCCAUGCUCAACUCUGUACCCCUUAAUUCCCCAGGGGCCUGUAGCCUCUUACCCCCCUUGGAGCCUUCUCUGACUGCCUCUCCGACCUUUUUCAGCUUCUGUUUAUUGCCCAGUUUAUUCUUUAAAUGGAUGACAGAGACCCUGCACCCCAACCUAGGUAGGUUCUUGGCUCUCCUUUUCCUAGGUCCCUGUGUUCCUUGUCCCUGUCCAGCCCCAGACAGUUGGCUCUACCUCAGCAACACUUUAUAGUAAAAUCAGUACAAAUAAAAAUCCUUCAGUGACCUCA